GACUCGCAAGAAGUUCGCUCACAAUUGGGAGGGAAGCAUCGGAGGGAAGAAAUUAUGAUCGCCAUCUUGAGAUUUAACGCCCAAUAUGUUUGAAACCGUUACAUUAUAAAACAACGCGUAUUCGACAUUGGAGGCGAUCUUUAUAGUUUCAAACAUAGGCUACGGAUAUUUAGGACGUUGAUCAAUCGAGGAUCGCUAGGACGAGAUGGACAUCAACGCGCGAAUAGUCGGAGACCAAGAAGAGGUUUCGGCUAUUAUGGAACCCGCAUUGGUGAAUAGGCCAUCAAGUCAAUUGGCAAGCGUGACUAGAAAGAUCAAAGAGAUCCAAAGGUUACUCCCACACAAAGACAAUCUCGACGUGGUAGAAAAUAUGUAUGAAGAACUUCAACGAAGAGUCGCGACAUUUACCACGGCAAUGGAACAAGAGACUGGUCAAUUGGACAUCGCUGUGCCUGAUCAACAAAAUCUCGAAGAUUGGUAUCAAGAUAAACGGCAGACCAUGACGAGAUCCAUUAGGAAGAUCCAGGAGUGGAUCUCGAAUACCCAUGAUCGAGUGGUAAGGCCAAGUGACAGUGUCUCGGUCGCAAGCAGUCGUCAUUCAGGUUCUUCAAAAUGCUCUAAAGCAUCAUCAAGUGCCAAGUUGGAAUUAUCAAGAAGACGCGCCGAGCUUCAAGCUCAAGAAGAGUUGAACGACCAACUCCAGAAAAUCCGGGAGGAAAAGCGGAGAGCUCAACGACGAAGGGAAGACGAAGAACUGAAGAUUAAGAGAGCUGCUGAGGAGGAGGAAGAUCGAUUUCAAACCAUGGAACGAGAAGCUUGAUCAUCUUCAGCCGCAAAAGAGCUCGGAGCCGUCAAAAAGGUAUUAGAUCAGCAUGACGGGAUUUGUGAUAAUGCUGAUACCCCUUCGCCUAGCGGUAAAGCAAUACCUUUAGCCUCAGUUCAACAACCCAGAGAGCAAAAUAAAGCUCAUGACCAAGAUAACAACCGUCAGAUCAACUUUCUUGCGGAAAUAUCCCAAAGGUCGUAUCUCCCGAAGUCGGAGCCCAAAACUUUCGAUGGUCAAGACCUGACAUCGUACAAGACAUUUGUUUUGUCUUUCGAGCGACUGAUCGAGAGCAAAAUCAAGUCCGAUUCAGACAAGCUCUACUACCUUGAAAAAUAUACAAGCGGAAACCUAAAUGAGUUGGUUCAGAGCUGUUUUUACUUGAGCUCAGAGGAUGGAUAUCGAGUGGCGCGGAAAUUGUUGGAUGAAAGGUAUGGGAAUGAAUUUUGGUCACCAACGCUUUCCUCCAAAAGCUUCGCGAUUGGCCAGCAAUUCGAAAUGAUGACCGUCAGGUCCUUGAGAAGUUUAGCACCUACCUUCAGUCAUGCCGUAACUUCUUGCAGGAUAUUAGUGUGCUUACUCAACUCAAUGGCCCCAAUCAGAUUCAAGAGAUCGUCAGAAAGCUUCCUUACCAAAUGAGGAUAGGCUGGCGGAAUCAAGCAUUCAAUAUGUUGGAAGCUAGAAGAUCCGUUGGAUUUGAUGAUCUCGCAGCUUUCGUUUCUCAGCAAUCAAGAUUAAUAUCGUUUCCAAUUUUUGGUGAAAUCGCCGAUUGGACACAAGUCAAGGAAAAGAACCAGCAUGGUUCAACUCUGGUGAACAAAAGGUCAAUGUCGAUGGCAACUGGAGCCAUGCAAGAAUCCUCAAAUCAAGAAUCUUGCCCAGCUUGUAAGAAAUCAAAUCACGCUCUGGAAGAUUGUUUUUUCCUAGCGAAGAGAUCCGUGGAAGAAAAGCUAACGUUCAUACAGGAGAAAGGACUAUGUUUCAGUUGUCUUCGCCAUGGGCAUAUGGCCAAAAUUUGUAAAAAUCGACUAGUAUGUAAGAAAUGCAAGAAGAGACAUCCAACCUGCCUCCAUCGAGCUGGUAGCGGAGAUGAUGAAUCUCGAAAUCAAAACCAAAUUGAACAAAACGCAACCAAUGCCUCGAACCACGUCAUGCAAUCGACCUCCGCCUGUUGUUUGGAAAAGAUGAGUUGCCAAACAAGGGCUGGUCAAUCGAAUAAAGUAGCUCUUGCUCUGAUUCCUGUGAAGAUACGAGCCGAGGGAAGUUCAAAAACUGUCAUUACGUACGCCGGCUUAGAUAACUUUUCGACUGAUUGUUUCAUUGCGGAUCACGUGUUGGAGGAAUUGGGAAUUUCGGGACCCAAGACCUGCAUCAAUUUGACAACAAUGGAAUGCAAGAAUAAGUCGGUACCGACAAGAGCUAUCAGUGGACUCUAAAUAUUUGAUCUUAGCGAUAAUGAGCGAAUCUGUCUACCAGUGGUGUUUUCAAAACCAUACUUGCCAAUAUCUAAAAACGAUGUGAUCACUCGAGAUGAAUGCCAGAAAUUUGAUGAUCUCGCAGAUAUUCCUUUCGACUACGUGGACACUGAUGUUGGGUUGAUGCUUGGAGCAAAUGUUCCAGAAGCCCUCAUACCAUUGGAAGUAAUUAGUGGCUCGUUAUCAGAGCCUUAUGCAUCCAAACAUAGGAUUGGAUCGGCAGUGAAUGGUCCAAUUGGAAAACAAACGGACACUCGAACCAAAGUCAAAGUAAACUUCACCCAAGUUGAAUCCCAAGACAUCAAGAACGAGCUACAAAUGAUGUAUUCAGCCGAUUUCAAAGAUUGCGGAGAGGAUGGUUGUGGACCGUCCCUGAACGACCAGAACUGGUUGAAAAGAGUUGACAAUUCUAUUCACAAAUAUUCAGAGGGCCAUUACUGUAUAGCUCUACCCUUCAAAGAAGAUGAGCCAAAACUCCCUGACAAUCGGACACCAGCUCUCAAUCGAUUGGGAGGAAUCAAAAGGAAGUUGGAAAGAGAUCUUAAAUUUCGUUCAGAUUACGUGGAGUUCAUGACCAUGAUGGCGGAUAAAGGAUUCGCCGAAAAGGUCUCUGAGGAUGAACUGGAUGUGAGCAGAUUUGAAAGGUGGUAUAUUGUUCAUCAUGGUGUAUAUCAUAAGCAAAAACGCAAAUUGCGAGUGGUAUUCAAUUGCUCCUUAAAAUACGGAGGAACAUCGCUGAAUGACAAACUGUUAUCCGGGCCUGAUUUGACGAACAAUCUUGUAGGAGUACUUCUUCGUUUCCGCCAAGGUGCCAUUGCGAUCAUGGGUGAUGUAGAAAAAAUGUUCUACCAGGUCCGAGUGUCCCAGAAAGAUCGAGAUUUCCUGAGAUAUUUCUGGUAUCCUGAAGGCGAUCCUGAUCAAGACCCGCUGGAAUAUCGUCUCAAAGUACAUGUUUUCGGUGCAAUUUCAUCCCCAAGUUGCGCCAAUUUCGCCCUGCGACAGGCUGCCAUAGAUUUUGGAACUGGAUCGAAGAAGGAAGCUGCAGAUGUGAUCAGGAGUGAUUUUUACGUGGAUGAUCUGCUCACAUCUGUGGAUGGAGAGGAACAGGCUCGCGAACUUAUUCGGGAUGUUCGCAUGAUUUGUGCCUCUGGAAAAUUCAAUUUAACUCAGAUGAUAUCUAACAACCGAGCCGUUUUAGAUUCGAUUCCCCUCAAUAAUCUCACUAUUGGAACACAAUCAUUGGAUUUCGAAUAGGAUGAUCUUCCAAUUGAACGAGCCCUGGGGAUCAUGUGGAAUGUUCAGGACGAUGUUUUAGGAUAUCAAAUCAAGAUCAAAGAGAACCCUAAGACAAGACGAGGAGUUUUGUCGACUAUCCACUCGGUUUACGAUCCCUUGGGUUGCGUGGGUCCAGUCAUUUUACCGGCUAAGCAAAUAUUUCAAAAGCUAUGCCGACAAGAAUGCGGUUGGGAUCAGGAUCUACCACAACCACUGAGAGCGUCUUGGGAUCGAUGGUUAGAACAACUCCCUCAUUUGAAUCAAUUUUCAAUACCCAGGUGGAAUGGAUCAAACUCGAACUCUUGCGGUCAGCUACAUGUCUUUUGUGACGGCAGUGAGACAGGAUAUGGAGCAAUUGUCUAUCUUGUCACACCUACGUCCGGUGGUGGAUUAAGAAGCGCCUUUGUUAUGGCAAAAUCUAGAUUAGCACCCCUUCGGAAAAUGUCCAUCCCACACCUUGAAUUAACGGCAGCCAAAAUAGCUGUGACGUUAAUGGUGACCGUCAAGAAAGAGAUCCAAUCAUGUGUCAGUAGCUGCUAUUUAUGGACGGACAGUGAAACCGUACUCAAAUAUAUCAGAAAUGAGAAGAAAAGGUUCGAACAGUUCGUCUCUAACCGGAUUUCAUUCAUCCGAGAGAACACAAGUGGGUCAGUGGAAACAUGUCCCUGGUCAUUUGAACCCAGCCGACCUUGCAAGCCGGGGGACCACUAUUACCGAGUUUAUGGAUUUCAAGCUCUGGAAAGAGGGACCAUCGUUUCUUAGUUCCAAGGAAGAGACGUGGCCCAAAAGCGUAGACAUUUUGGACUUGGAUGACGACGAUUUAGAAAUCAAGAAGCCACCCGUGAUUUUCGCCACGACCAAAGUUGAGGUCAAUGUUGUUUCUGCCUUACUGGAGAGCAUUUCCGAUUGGAAUAUACUUCUACGUACAGUCGUUGGACUUCUUAAGUUUCAAUCCAAGGUUCGAGGAAAAUUUUCAUCCCCUGAUCUCCACGUGAACGAUCUGUAUGAAUCCGAGGCAUCCAUCAUUCGAUUUGAGCAAGCAAAGAAUUUUGGGGAAGAAAUCAAAAGCCUGGCCAAAUCUCCGUCUUUACUCAAGAAAUCCAAACUGAGAGGAUUUUCACCGUUCGUGGAUAAUAAUGGAAUAUUGCGAGUAGGUGGAAGAUUGACCCGAGCUGAAAAUAUGACUUUCGAUCAGCGCCAUCCAAUACUUUUGGCAAAGGGUCAUGUUUCAAUCUUACUGAUCCGAAAAACCCAUGACUUAGUCGGACACAUGGGAAAAACCUGUGUUAUUACAAAGUUGCGUGAAAAAUAUCGAAUUGUUGGAGAGGGUGCAUUAGUGAAAACGGUAUUACGAGCGUGCAUACAUUGUCGGAGAUAUCAAGGAAGAGUUGAGGAACAGAUCAUGGCCGACCUUCCAGAAGAUAGAGUUCUGGGGGGCGAACCUCCCUUUACCAACACUGGAGUCGACCUUUUCGGCCCCUUCAAAGCUACUCGAGGAAGAGCCCUUCAAGACCGCUAUGGUCUUAUCUUUACUUGUCUGGCAAGUCGAGCGGCGCACAUCGAAAUAGUUUAUGACAACUCGACCGACUCUUUCAUCCAGGCUUUGAGACGUUUUAUUGCCAGAAGAGGUCAAGUGAAGCGUUUGAGGUCGGACAACGGGACAAAUUUUACUGGUGCUGAACGAGAAUUACGUGUAAAUCUGGAUCAACUAAAUCAGGGUCAAAUCAAGAAUGACAUGAUUUCCCGAAACAUAGAAUGGUUGUUUAACCCUCCUUACAGCCAUCACUUCGGGGGAGUUUGGGAGCGUGAGAUUCGCACUAUUCGGAAGAUAAUGUCUGGUUUGAUGGAUGGGAAUGAAAGAAAUUUAAGCUACGAAUCAUUAAACACGCUCAUGUGCGAAGUGGAAGCUAUUUUGAACAGUCGUCCGCUGACAACCCUGUCGGACGAUCCCAAUGAUGUCACUCCUUUAACACCCAAUCAUCUACUGCUACAAAUGAUCGGACCAACUCAACCUCCGGGUAUAUUUCCAGAGUCAGAUAAUUAUGCCAAAUACCGUUGGCGUCAAGUCCAACACUUGGCCGAUUUAUUCUGGCGGCGUUGGUCCAAAGAAUAUGUAAGUGAUCUUAUCAGUAGGAAGAAGUGGUCACAGAAACGCCGAGAUGUGGCUGUAAAUGACCUUGUUCUUCUCGUGGUGGAAAAUUCCCCGAGAUGUCAGUGGCCGUUGUGUAGAAUUGUUGAAACCUAUCCGGAUUCAGAUGGACACGUGAGAGUGGCAAAGAUCAAAACAGCCAAGAAUGAAUAUCGUCGACCGAUUGGCCAGUUUGUGAUGCUACGUCGGAGUAAAGGUAAUCAACUAUGAUUGUAAAUGUCAAAGACCAUUUAAAGGGCCGGUGUUAAGGUCAUCGGUCACCUCGACGUCCUUUUUCUUCGUCCGUUGUCGCCACCCUUUUUCUGACUCGCAAGAAGUUCGCUCACAAUUGGGAGGGAAGCAUCGGAGGGAAGAAAUUAUGAUCGCCAUCUUGAGAUUUAACGCCCAAUAUGUUUGAAACGGUUACAUUAUAAAACAACGCGUAUUCGUUGUGUCUUGGAUGGCCCGUGCGUCUUGGAUGGCCCGUGUUUCUUGAAUGACCCGUGCGUCUUGGAUGGACACACGGGCCCGUGGAGGACCCGCAACCCGAAUGGCCCGUAACCCCGGAUGGCCUAUUACCCCGGACGGCCUGUAACCCCAGACCUCUAUUAACAAAGAGUUAACUUUGCAAAUUGCUAAUGUCUUAUUUAUAACAAAAGUGAAGGAAUAGGUUUAAUUAAUUGAUAAAUCAUUCAAUUAACUAAGAGUUAAUUAAAGUCCAGAUAUCUCGAUUAACUCUUCAUAAUUUGGGUUCCUUUGGCCUCGGGUAGGCUAGGACGUUCAUUUACCGCUCAAAUAACUGACAUGAGAUACUUCAGGCAAAUGUCUUCGGUAGUACUGAAUAGAGCGGAGGUAUGAGAGAUGCACUUUUAUUUACAGAAACAAAUGUAUUCAUUAUGCCUAUCUAAACUUAAGGUUUAACCUCAACGCCAAAGGCUGAUGCGAAACAGUUACAUUCCAGGUUAAGCUAAAAGUGAACCCAUGAGGUUUUAGGUAAUACUUUACAACAGGUAACUCAGGGACAGCUUGCACCUCGGCCUAGGCGUCCCCAGGCCCUUGCAACCGAAAGGUUAGGUUAGGUUAAGUUAGGUUAGAUUUUCUUUUUUUUGGUUUGGUUUUUCACGGGCUUUUCUAUCCGCUACAGGGAAUGUAAUCCCCAGUACUAUGAAAAUGAAAGGUUAUAAUUCGUCUAUUUGUUACCUUUCAAUCUUUAUAUGAUAUUUGGUCUACCAACGAAUUUGAGUUGGCAGACCGAUUGGCUUAAAUGUUCCGUAUUACCAGGUUUUAAAUCUAAUCGCAUAUAAAUAAAACUUUGACUUGCUCGGAGCUAUUGCGUGGUACUAGGGUUUGAUGGAAAAUCUACCUAGUUAAUUGUUGUUCCUCGAUCUCCAAGGUCGCCCAGUAAUGCUGCUUUGGGUACAUUGAGGUCAAAAACGAGCUUUCAGAAUUGUGAAUGAUCCAGAAAUGAUGUAAAGAAUAAAUCAUGUUCAACCAAUGGUGACCAAAAUAUUGUGGAUUUAAGUUACAUUUCCAGGCAACAUACCUAUCAAACAACUCAUGUCAACUUGUUUCAUUUGC